AUGAUCCAGAGCCUGGAGAAGCAGGUGCAUGAGCUGCUUGGUGAGCCUGACCAAAGAGCCUUCCCAGAGCUAAGGAAUGACUCUGCAGAUAAAGUGUGCUCCUCCUCCUCUCCCUCUUCCUCACCAGCUGUGCCAAGGCGAUUGCUGAGCAAUGCCAGUUUCCACCUCUCUUCACCAGGACACAGCCCCGAGCUGGGAUCCCAGGACCCCUUCGCUGGGGUGCAGGUAUUAGAGGCACCCUCUGGAAUGGAUGAGCCCAUGCGAACUUCAGAAACCAAUCAUUGGCACCUGGCACACUCUGGGAAGGAAUCCAUCUCUGUCACUCUGCACAGUGCCACCAACCUGCCAGCCACCCGGAAGGGGAAUGUGCCAUGGCCCUAUGUCACUGUUAAAAGCAACUCUGAUGUUGAGAAGAAAUUGGAAGCCCAGGGGGUGACUCAUGUGUCCUCUGAGCCUACACAGUCUCCUACCUGGGAGGAGAAGGUGACCAUGGAAAUUGAUGCAGAAGAUGCAGGCCAUGAAGCUGUGAACCUGACUGUGGCCGACAAAAUCACCAAGGAGGUGCUAGUGAGCUACAAGAUUCCGGUGAGGUAUCUCCGAUCGUUCCACCACUACCACUUGAGACUGGUGCUGCCAAGGAAGAAGGACCCCUUGGGGACAAGUCUAUACGCUACGGUUGUUCGUAAAGGCAGCCUCAUCCCACGUUAUGUUGGAAUGAAUUACACCGGCUUGGAGGUUUUCCUCCAGGGAAUGAAGAAUCCUCUAGCAGAUCCCCAAGGUCCUACUGUAGCCAUUGCCAGAGUGGUGAACAACUUUAAUGCAUACAGAGAAGCCAUGAAGACGCAACCCACUACCUCUCCUGCAGUUGAUUUAACCACCAUCACAUUUCCAGACCCCUCCAUGGUGGCUUUCGAUGUUCUCCGAGUCACCAACCAAGGAUAUCCCCAGGUCACCCAACCUGGUGGGCCCCCAGAGAAACCAACCUGGAACUCUUCCUUCCUCUUCCAAGGCAGGGAUGGGGCCACCCUCUUCUCAGACAAUACCAGCCUGGUGAUCGAAUACUAUCUGUACGAAACAAUGUCAGAAACAGAAGCUGAGAACAAGCAAAAGCGUUUGGGUUACUCUGUGUUGCCCCUAACCAACCGUGUGUAUCGGAGUCUUGUGGCAGAGAGCAACCGGAAUGGGGUUCGUGUGGACGAUGUUCCAAUCCAGGGCACUAAUCUGAGAACCACAUCUGGUGCUGUUCCAACUGUUCAGCUCUGCAUGCAGCUGAUCGGCUCAGAGAGACCGGAUAUGUUUCUCACCCCAUCCAACAUUGACACUCUUCCCGUCCUGGAUCCCAAACUCCUGAGGAGGAUUGGGGCAAUCAGAGAGCCCUGGGCACAAUCUUCCUCUCUUGUACCAUAUGCUUCCGUCAAAGGGGACAAAUCAAAGUUAGUACCUCAGCCCCUGGACAAGGACCAUGCUGCUUCCUCCUCUACAGAGGCUUGA